CCAUUAUUGUAUAUCUUCUUGCUCGAUUGAAAGGUUGAGGGUUUGAGUGAAAAGAACCGCAUUUUAAUCACCUUAAUCCGUUGCUAAAUCUGGGAAUAUGACUUUCAUCAGCUUUUCACUUAAGCCUCGCCGCGCAGUGUUCUAGAGAAAUGGAAGUGACAAGAAGAAAAUAUGGUGUGAAUAUUGUGGUGCCCACGGUUUCCGAGGGGAACCGAAGAGAACCCUCUGUGGUCCAUUUAGGUUUGGUAUGAUGGGGAACACUUCUGCGCGUAACAAACGCGCUGUCGUCUGCUACCCGUGCGACCUGAAAGAACUCCAUGGAAUUUCCUCGUCCACCGAAAACUCGCUUGCUAGUGAUGUAACGCUGCCUAUAGACCUGGGACAGUCUGAAUACAUUGACUUCGGUUUCAUCAAAGAACCAGAAACGGUGAAUUUCGUGAAGAAAAAUAAGGUACUUUUUGUCCUCCGUGGUCUUCCAGGUAGUGGGAAGUCUUAUAUUACCCGCGUGCUUUUAUCUGUUUAUCCCAAUUCGGUGGCUUUCACAGCUGAUACUUACCUUCUUAGGCAUCCUGAUUUAAUCCUGAAUUACGGCGUGUUGGAUGAAGCCCAUAGACAUUGCUUGAAUGCUGUUGGGAAGGUGAUACGUUUGGGUCAAAGUCCCAUCAUAGUGGAUAAUACAAACGUUACUCGCCGUGAAGCCAAGCAGUAUUUGCGCGUGGCCAAGGUGUUUGGUUACUUCGGCCUGGUGAUUGAGCCCAGAACACCCUGGAGGUUCUCUCCCACAGCACUGACCAACAAGACGAACAAAAGAGUCGUUCUUGCUGUUGUUCAGAACCGGUUGAAUGCUUGGCAAGACCUCGCGCCGUUGAACUAUGCGUGCUACUUGAACACGACGGACACGAAACGCGUUUUCAGUGUGUUGGAGACUUUACUUCAUAGCGUGUUCCAAUGGAGGCUUGUGUUAGAAGACCUUUCGGCCUUCAAAGGGGAGGAAGUUUCGGCUAGUGAAAUGAUCGCAUCGUACUGGAAACACAAGGGAGACGAUAACAACAUGCUGAAGUGGGUUGUCAAAAAGGGAAGUGAUUUGACACCAGAUGGUUUCUACUCCGUGGGAAGAGUCGUGAAUUUCAAAAUCGCAACUUUCCUGAUGACUCCUAGGGACAUCGGAGCAAAAAUACUGCCUACAUCUCUCAAGAUAAUGUCGGAUGACCCGGAAAAGGAAGUUGAAAGCGAAUAUGCAGUGAUGAGCGUUUUAUCUGGAUCGCACUGGGAAAUCGCGAUCGAUAGCAUGCAACCCUUGGCAGAUCUAGAAUCAUUGCAUCACCAAAAAUUGCUCAAAGAUGGCGUGGAGGAUUUUUCGACCGGUGUUAAAAUCGUCCGGCUUGAUCGCUGUGGUUAUGCCAACAUGGAUGUGGAUGCUGGAACCCGUGCAGAUGCGCUGGCCAAGAAUUUCGACUUGAAAGCUUUCAAGUUCGGAGCUUCUGCGGAAUCAACGCGUUUUCCUCGACUGUGUCGAGUAGCCAUGCCAUUUGCAUUUUGCACUCGUGAGCGUCAGCCAUGGGCAGAGUUCGCGGAGAGUGCAGAGAAAGGUCCAACGACCAAGUUUUGUCAAGAGCUGGCAAGGAAAUAUAAUAUGAUGAUAAUUUCACCCAUUCUGGAACGUGAUGAAGACAAUGGUGAUGUGAUGUGGAACACAGCGGUGAUAAUCGAGAACGGAACUGGACGAGUGAUGGGUAAGACCAGGAAGAACCACAUUCCAAGAGUCGGUGACUUCAAUGAAUCUUCUUACUACAUGGAAAGUGAACUCGGCCACCCUGUGUUUCAGACUCAAUGGGGACGAAUCGCUGUAAACAUAUGUUAUGGUCGGCAUCACCCCUUGAACUGGGCCAUGUUCGGCAUAAACGGAGCUGAAAUCGUUUUCAAUCCGAGUGCGACUGUCGGGAAUCUAAGUGAACCCUUGUGGGGUAUCGAGGCACGAAACGCUGCGAUCGCUAACCAGUAUUUCACGUGUGCCGUAAACCGCGUCGGCACUGAGCAAUUCCCACACGAGUUCACGUCAGGAGACGGAAAGCCUGCUCACCGUGACUUCGGCAAUUUUUACGGUUCCAGUUAUGUGUCAGCACCUGAUGGCUCUCGUACCCCGGGACUGUCGAGGACGAAGGAUGGGUUGUUGGUUGCUGAAUUAGACCUGAAUCUCAUCCGACAGUCGCGGGAUCAUUGGGGAAUCAUUGUAGGAAAUAGCAGCAUCUCCUCGCUGACUAUGAGUUUUGUUUCGCCGGAUGUCGUUUCGGACUGGCUCCUUGACGUUGAGCCAGUAAACGCGUCACUCGUCUCACAGCGUCCCUUGAGCCUUCACCUGCUCCACCACCUCACGGACGCCGUGUCGGCAUUGGACGCCACGGUGGUGUUCAUCGCAACGCGGCUCGGAACCAACGAAGCCGGCCUUCGCUUGAUCCUCUCUCUUCUUGCCGGAUAUCCGAUCGCAGCGUUUCACCGGGUCUUGGUUUCCGGUGCGCCGGGUGUAGUGCAAAACGGAUUCUUCUUCGUCUGUGGCUUGGUUUUAAGUGCGUUCAAUCAAGGGUGGAAAGUGUGUCACGCGAUAGUGUGCAUCCUCGUGCAGUAUGGAAUUCUGGUGACAUGGGGAAAGACCUUGGUGUCCCCGUUGGCGUCCGUGGUAUUCCAGAUGUUGUACCUGUUGUUCGGGUACUGGCAGACUGAUAGAGAGGCUUAUAACAGCAUCACCUGGACAUUGCCGCAUUGCGUGUUGACUUUGAGGUUAAUUGGGAUCGCGUUUGACUACUACGACGGACAACAGGAUCCGAACUUGCUGUCAGAGGAGCAGAAGUCAAAUGCAUUGAGAAGAUGUCCGUCUUUCUUGGAGCUCGGAGGCCACGCCUUGUUUCCGGCAUCGUUUCUUGUUGGACCGCAGUUUCCAAUGAAGAGGUACAAGUUCCUUAUUCGCGGGGAUUUGAAAAAUAUUCGAGACGCAAAAGGGGAUCCUCUGUCGCCGCCAUUGCAUUUGGCUCUUGGACGCCUCUCCUUGGGUCUUUUGUACACGAGUGUUUAUGCUGUUGGUUCCCGUUAUUUUCCUGCCGAAUACGCAGCGAGUGAUGACUUGUUGAACCGACCGCUUUGGCAGCGACUGUGCAUUCUCGUCGUUUGGGCAAAGGUGAACGUCACGAAGUACCUCGGAUGUUGGUUAAUCACGGAAGGUGCUUGCAUUCUAUCCGGGCUGGCGUUUAACGGGUUUGAGGAGCAACCAGAUCCCAAAGAUCCUACCAAGUCUGUCAGGAAACCGAAAUGGGACGGGUGCAGGAACAUUCAUGUUAGCAUUUACGAAACAGCUACCGAAUACCGACACAUGAUCAUGUGUUUCAAUACGAAUACGAAUGCUUGGAUUGCCAAUUACGUAUACAAGCGAUUGAAGUUCCUGAACAAGAAGUAUAUAAGUCAUAUGGGGGCAAUGACGUUCCUCGCUCUUUGGCAUGGUCUGCAUUUUGCCUAUUAUGUGACGUUUUUCAACGAAUACAUUAUCAUCAGCCGAGAACGCGAUUUUUACAAACUGUUGGAUCGAAGUCCCGUGUACAAGUACUGGUUCUCCAAGAAGUGGUUCCGCUACACGAUGAAACCGCUGAAAGUUCUAUGGCUGUGGUUUGGCCUUUCCUACGCAGUGGUUCCUUUUCUCUUGUUGUCGACGGAAAAAUGGUGGCGAGUUUACACGUCGCUUUACUUCCACAUCCACGUGGUGUUCUUGUCGUAUCCGUUCUUGAAGCCGAGCUUGAAGAAAUGGCUCCGAAUGUUCUUGGCGAGAACGGUGUUGCGGAACGGCCUUAGUGCGUUGGGUAGAUUUACGUGUGUUAGGGCUGUUUCUCAACUGGUGUCCGCCAAGUUGGACAGAUGCCUGAUUACCCGAUGGAAAGACGGAGUUACGAGACGCUUCCCUUUCGUCUUUCUCAGGGAUAAUUGUUUGUGCAACUCCUGUUUUGAUCGUUCUGCCCUUUCGAGAACGGUCGACUUGUCGAAGAUGGAUCUCGCUGGUUUUCCAAUAAACCUCGAGUUGGAUGACAAAGAAAAUGUUGUCCUGAUUUGGAAUGAUGGACACGUUUCCGCGUAUCCGCUAGACUGGCUCAUGGAGAGAUCAUUUGAGGUCUCGGACGUUUCCGCGAGAUCUCAGAUGGAGAGGAAACCACGUCUGGUUUGGGGCUCGUACUUCGGGAAAAAUUUGCCGACUGCUGAUUAUCAGAAGAUGUUCAGAGAUCCUCAGGCGUUGCUUGAUUUCCUGGAAGAUCUUGAAGUUUAUGGAUUAGUCAAGGUGGAAAACGUGCCCUUGGAAAAAGGAAGAUUAAAAGAGUUGGUCAAUCACAUCGGUUUUCCGAGACGGACGCAUUAUGGAGUCGAGUUUGAUGUAGAAACCAAGGACGAUCCGAACAACGUUGCUUACACUUCGGGUCCUCUUCAACUCCACCUCGAUUUACCGUACUACAAGGUGGAGUUUUUGCAUUGCAUAGUUCAAACAGGCGAUGGUCAAGGAGGCGAAACAUUGUUGGCUGACGGCCUCUAUGCUGCUCAGCAAUUGAAAAAAAUAGAUUUGGGGGCUUUUGGGGUUCUGGCGUCCAUUCCUGUGGAUUGGAUCGACAGAGGAAGAGAACCCGGAGCUCCAUUCGGAUUUUUUAAGCGGCUUCAAAUACCGGUGCUUGUGUUAGAUUACAAAGGUGACGUGGAGCGGAUAAACUUUAGCCAACCGCAGAGGGACUCGAGAUUCUCGAUCCCGGAUGUCGCGCUUGUGGAACGUUGGUACGCGGCAUACAAACUUUUUGGCGAUAUUUUGCGCAGCGAUGACGUGGUGGUUCAUUACAAAAUGAAACCAGGAGAAAUCAUAGCGUUUGACAACUUGAGGGUGUUGCACGGUCGGACGAGUUACGAUCCGAGUGUGAAGCGGUAUUUGCAGGGAAUGUACAUGGACUGGGACGAGAUACAUUCCAGGUGUCUCGUGCUGAGAGAAGAGUUGAAAAAGAACUGUUUGAUUAAUGAAUGCACCGUUUUCAUGGAGGAGCCAUUUUUACCCAAGUCUCUUGAAUUUUACCGAUGGGUGCCCGUGAGCACUCUGAAGCUCGGAAAUGGGAAGGCUCUCCAUCACAGCGUCAUUUUCCUGUCGGAUACUGCUUACCUAAAAUGGGGAACUGAAGGUAAAAGAGUGUUUGUCAAAACUUCUUCGAGUGAUGUAAGAACGAAGAAAAGUGUUCCUGUUGAUCUCGAAGCCUUAUGGCGGGCUUACUGGAAUGGGCAAGGAGAGACGGUUGUUUGGACUUCCUGGUUUCGUAAAUACCACAGUUACAUCAAAAAAGAUUUUAUCGAUGAACUUGUGGAAAAAUAUGGCAUAGACACGUCGUUUUUGAGCGAAGGCAGUGAUAACGAUUACGAAGAAUCGAAGGAGUGGGGAGACGAAGAAUGGGCUGCUGAAUGGGAGCGGCAUGCCAAACAAGUUCGCGCUGAGGAAUUCAUGACGUUUUCCAGCAUCCCGGAUGAAUCUUUCGUGAGCAUUAGCUGUAAAACGAAGAAAAAUUCGGAUUAUAAUCGUAUCCUGAGGGAGUGCAGAAAAAUUCUCAAGCAGGAUGAGGAGAACACUCUCAGUCAAGCGCUUGAGAAUGUUUUAAGGGAUGAAGAAGCAGGAUCCGAAGUUGAGGAAGUAGUAUCCGAAGUUGAGGACGAUGUGGAGAAUUUUUCGUUUGCAAACGUAAGCGAAGAAAAUCAAGAUUGGGGGACGCUUGCAAGCUCGAAUCGAAAGAACUUACGAAAGACAAUUUUGUCUUCGAAAACUGUGGAGAAGAAAUUAGCUUUCUUGGCGUUGCGCAGUCGCGAUGUGGUGUUGACAGAACUUGGUGGAAAGUUGGAACUCUUAACGAAGCCUUACGACAACGUCUGGCCACUUUUGGCGGCGAACAGUGCAGAAAUGAAGCCCGUGCCUGAAAGUAGUUCGCAGAAGAGAGGGGCGAAGAAGAAAUUCAAAAAGAAGAAGGAAAAACCCUUGUUUAAGAAGGUCCUCAAUGAGCAUGGUGAAUUGGAAAUGUACAUCAUGAAGCAGUUAACUCCGGUUCCGAUUCCUCCGCAUUUGAUGGAGUUUCCCGAGUUGGAACGCUACUGGGCUCAGCGCUAUCGUUUAUUUUCUCUGUUUGACCAAGGCGUUCAACUCGAUCAUGAAUCGUGGUUCUCCGUCACCCCGGAAAAAAUUGCCGAACAUCUUGCCGAAAGAUGCCGAAGCGAUGUGAUUUUGGAUGGCUUUUGUGGCGUAGUCAUUGCUAUCGACAUUGACGCGGAUAAAAUCGCGAUGGCCAAACAUAACGCCGGCGUGUACGGCGUGGCUGACAGGAUCGAAUUCAUUGUCGGCGACUUUUUCGACAUCGUAUCUUCGGAAAGCCUGAAAGGAAUCGUGGACGUGGUUUUUCUUUCGCCUCCUUGGGGAGGCCCGGAAUACUUGCAAUCCAAGACCUACGACGUUGACACUGGUGUUCCUGUUGGAGGUCGACGGUGUUUCGACGCUGCGAGAACUUUGACGGAUGACGUUUGCUACUAUUUACCGAGAAAUUCGGACGUUUCCCAGCUUGUAAGCUGGGGUUCGUCCGGAGAAAUAGUGGAAGUGGAACAGAACUUUUUGAAUAAAAAGUUGAAGACAAUAACGGCGUAUUAUGGCUCGCUUGCGAACUUCGCUGAGUUUGGCGUGGAUGCUGGUGAAAUACCCGGAUAAUAUUUGUAUGUCUGGAAUCAUUUUAAGCGUGAUUUUACGUUUCGUGGUUGGGCUCGGGAACUACGGAAUUUUGAUCAAUAAUGGCUUGCCUAAUCUUUUAAUUUUGCAAACGUUCGUGGGUUAUUCUGAGAAGUCGGCAGAGAUCUGGGUUCUUGUUUUUCCACGCGUUUCUACUUUGUGCUAGUGCGUUUGAAAUACUGGAGUUUUGCACGCUUUUUUUGAUCGAGCUUUCAUAUUCGUUGAUCUUAACCUUGCAUUUUCCAAAGUUGGGAUUAUUUCAGAGUGAUCGAGCACUUCGCAACAAUCGUUUCUUCUUCAAAACCUUCGGGUUCCAUGUGUGUUAUAUAUAUAUUUUUUUUUUGCAAUUACUUAUGAAAAUUAAACCUCAUGAACAAUUUGCUAGGGCUUUUGCGUUUAGAGUUUUUUGAGGUACUGUGUUGACGAUUUUUCGUGGUUCAACAAUCAGAAGAGUCCCAUUUGAUUUUUCGUUCGCUGCAGUCGGUUACGUUUGGUGAGCGGCCCUCAUCUUUUCUGAGCAAUCAGGCGGAGGAGGAAUUAAGUGGAUACUGAUACAGUUGAGCUAAUCGUGAGCCAUUUGAAGGUCAGUCCACGGCAAAAUUCGUAUUAAAUUUAUUCAUAGGUCUUCUCAGUCUCAAUUUUUAUUAUUUAGACUUUUUUUCGAUUGUAUUCCCAUCUGCUGCCACAAUUAGUGGCAAAAUUAAGAUCAUUCAAAGGAAUGAGAACAAUUCAAAUUGUAUUAAAAUAACCUCAUAUGCGUCGAGCAAGUACUGUUUGGAUUUAUAAUUUCAUUCCUUCUUGAUUGAAACAAGUCCCGGUUUUUAUCUGUUUUUGCGGACAGAUAAUCGCGAUUUAUGUUCCGGUAUCCCUGAAAACUUGCUCGAUUUUUUUCCAUUAUAAGUGAAUAAAUCCGAAAGAAGCCUAUGUGGUCGUGGGUAUUUUUUCUUGCCCCGCAGA